GAUGAGAGUGGAAGAAGGGAUGGACGUGUGAAGGAAAAGAGCAGACUCUGUGGAAAAAUGAAGCAUAAAUGAAGGAGUGGCUGCUGGUGACGGAGUGGAUAGAAUUCAGCCCCCCCUCCCUCCCCCUCGCCCCUGAAGGAAAUAAUCACAGUCAGACGACACUGACAUGAUGUGGACAACAACUGUCCUCCUGCUGCUUCUGCCUCAUCUGCUUUCCUCCACAGACACAGGAAACAGCACAAACUUUAACCAAUCAGAAAUAGUCAAUGAGGACUUCCCUGAUGUUCCGGUCAAAGGCCAUAAAUCUCCUGGAGGGGUCAAAGGUCGGGACACGUGCUCCAUUCCGUGCGACAUCACCGUCAAGCUGCUACGAGAUGAGAAACAUUCAGUUUGUGGCCAGUUGCAGCAGUCUCUGUUGGCGUUUGGACGCAGCACCCGGAAGCUGAUGCGAGAUGUGAUGGAGGAGCAGCAGAGAGCCCUGGACAUCCUCAGCAGUCAGGUCAUGGAGCUGAUGACCAAAGUGCAGACGCUCAGCUCUGAGGUUCAGAGAAGCAACACUGAGAUGUACUCCAUCAAACCUGUGCAGUCCCACGGACGAGACUGCAGCGACAUUAAGGACAAUCUAGUGUCAGUGGUCCCCAAGAUCCCCAGCGGUAUUUACAUCGUUCACCCAGACAACACAGACUCUUCAUUUGAGGUUUUCUGUGAGAUGGACUAUAUGGGAGGUGGAUGGACGGUGAUGCAGCGGAGGUCUGAUGGAUUAACUGACUUCAAACGACCCUGGGCUGAUUAUGUUGAUGGAUUUGGACACCUUGCAGGAGAACACUGGUUGGGUCUGAAGAAGGUAUUUCAUAUAAUAAACCAGAAAGAUACUCGGUUCCAACUUCACAUCGCUCUGGUCUCCCAUGAUGACAUCACCUCUUAUGCAUCAUAUGAUGAUUUCCACCUGGACAACGAAACCCAGUUCUUCAGCAUACACCUGGGGAGAUAUGCAGGCAGCGCAGGUGAUUCCUUUCGCGGCUACGAACAGGAGCAGAACCAGGACACGGCUCCGUUCAGUGCCUCAGAUGUGGACAACGAUGGCUGUAAUCCUUUCUGCUCCAUCGACAACCGCACGGUGGAGAGCUGCAGCACUCAAUACAACCAGACAGGAUGGUGGUUCAACCAGUGUGGCCUGGCGAACCUCAACGGCUCUCCUGAAGAUGCAGAGCAGGACCGGGGCCAGAGGACACGCAUCCUGUGGGACACCUGGAGACAGAACGGGAUCCCGCACACCAUCAAAUCUGUCACAAUGAAGAUCAGGAGGAUUGUAACCAAUAAUUGACAGAAGGAAGAGAAAGGAGGAUGAGAAACAGAGAGCGAGAGAAAGGGAAAAAGCACAUAUUGUACAAGUUGCACUGCAUCUUUGUUCAACCUGAUGUUUUAA